UUCCGGUCCUACCAUCCGGGGAAGCUGCAGAGCAGGCAAGCUCGUCAGUCAGUUCAUUCCAGGCUAUACCCUUGUGACCAGACCCCCAAAAAAGGUGCAGUUGGUUGCGCCCUGAUAGGCUGUUUAGUCGCUCUAUACACUCCUGCACCACGGUCUCACGAUCAUAGUGGACAUCUGCCUGAUAAUCUUUGGGUUGCAGCCCCCGGAUUUCCCGGCGAGUCGAUUGCACACCAUGAGAGCUUUCCACAUGCUGCUUCCAACGAAGUAUGGAAUCCAGCGUGAGACCCAGAUAUUUGACCAUGUUAGUCAUCUCCAACUCUCUGCCUCCAACGAAAACAUUUCUGAGGCAGGGCAGGGACCUUCGUAUUGUGAACGGAACGAUGGUAGUUUUGGAGGAGUUGAAGUUCAAUCCAACUCCACUGCACCAUCCCUUUGCCAAACCUAAUCCCCUUUGUAAAUUGCUAAAAUAACAAUGUAUUGUAGGUCAUCCGCGACUAGGCUCCGUAAUAAAAGAGAUAUACAGACAAAUCCUAGAAGCCCUUACUAUGGUUUUAACUAUCAUAGUUCGCAGUACGGCCUCUAUUCAUCUGCGUACCGGUGCUGCCACAUUCCUUCUCUCCACGGCUCUUGGCACACUUUCGUGAGGCGUAGUUCAUCCAUCGAACUUUGGAUCUCUGAAGUUAACUGAUAUAGAGCAGAAUUAGUUGACCUGGCUACUUUAUAAGCAUGCAGAUUCGCAUGUAGGCAUGUAGCCUUCAGCGCCUUCAAACUAAUUUUGUAAUCUAUGUUAUUUUCCAUACCCUUUAGUAAGAAGAAAGUUAGACUAAUUGUCCUAGGAUUUCGCCAAUGAAUAAUCUUUCCUUCCUAUUUUGGGUAUGAGGUUGAGCUUUGCAAUGCGUCAUGGUUCCGGGAUACACCUCAGCGCUAGAAUAUCUCCCAUCAGCCGCACAAGGUAGGGCAGUAAGACUUGCUCCUCCUGCUAAGUCCUUAAGUCUCUCCAGAAGUUCCUGCGUGAAUGGUAGCACCCCGCUUGUACCCCUGUCUUCUCGCUAGGAACUUUCACCAUGGCCACAGCAGUUGCAGGUUGCCUUGACGUGCUUGCGCCGGGCUGAGUGGCUUCCUCAUCCACAAGAAUUUUUUAACUUGCUUAACUUUCAGCAGUGGUCUUAGGCUUAUAGGUCUUCAUGACCACUGAGCUGAACCUGUUGCUCAGGCGGAAUUCACCCUUCCGGUUGAAUAUGUACGACUCAUCGUUACACAGAGGGUGAGCCUCCAUCUUUCGGAUGGAACCCCAGCGUCUCCGCCGGAUAGUUGAGAGCACAGCCAUACGUAUGCCUUUUGGAGCAUCUGCAUAUUUGUUCUGUUCCUCCUCCGCUGGUGGGGGCGUCGGGACGGAGUGAUGGUCUCCGGUCGCCUGUGCAUUAUUGCCUCUUUGCCUUGUGAAGUUUGGCGGCUCCUGUGGCGUUAACUUACCGCUUUUAUGCUUUGCGUUUUGGGUCUUUUCGCUACCCCACUUUGAGGUCUGGGUUGCGUUGAUCGGCUCCGAUUUCCGCUACUCCGUUAGCAUCAACGCGGUAUUCCCACCCUUCCGCGUCUCAGGAGCAGAGGAAGCACCUCUGCCUCUCACCCUGUGGUGUGCGAGCUUUUCGGCUUACUCAGGAGUUCUACCCUCAUGGAGGUGCCUUAGGUACCUCUUUAAGCUAGCACCGAUCAUGUCCUUCCUUUGUGGGUCGUCAUGUCUACCGGUAGAUCUAGCUGGUGGUAAUGGGGGGACUCUUCUGUAAACUGCCUGUUCUGUGACAUGGAGCCGGAAACCCCAGAAUACCUGCUAGUGGACUGCACAGCAGCCUGCAGACGCAGAAUUAAGACCCUGGAAUCCAUGUUUCCCAACUUGGUGAGCCAUGUUUCAAAGAGGGGAAUACCAAAGUCCGCCGCGCCAGAGCCCCAUUAUGCGGUAAGGCCACCGUUACUUGCCAAUGCGGCGCGGUGGUGGGUAGGCUCCGUUAGAAUACAGCCGAUUUUACCUCCUGACUACGAACCAUUCAAUGGACAUGAGAGUCGCAUAACACCCUAGAUUAGAAGAUUAGAAGGUGGAAGCUCUUGGUUGCCGCACGCAUGCGGCCUCUGACAACCCGCGUGACAAGUACCAGGCAGCACCCCUCAUACCGGUUGGGAAGUGUCGAGAAUGCCUUGCGGCUUAAGCCCCGGCACCACAGCAAGGUUCCUGCCAAUCGCAGAGGGUUGAUGUAGCGCAUAUUUCAGCUCUUGAAACGUUAAAAAAAAUAUUUCGAUAAAGUUUUUUUCUGAGAAAAAAAAGAUUUUUGAGACUUAUAUAAUAUAAAUUUAGCAUAAUGUUUAUUUACCAAUUCAAUAAUUAAAUAUGUACCCGUAUUAAACGCAUAUGUACCAUAAAUAUAUUUAAUUACUAUUUUCCGUGUUAUGUUAAAAUUUAUGUUUUGAAUAUUACUUUACUAAAUUGCAAUUCACGCAACAAACAUAAAAAGUCUGUCAAAUCACCAAAAUGACAGCUCAUUGGUACCGAUGGAUGUCAGAUACAUAUUUAGACAUCUAUUGCAAUGUACAGUUUCCAUAGGCAAUAUUGCUAUCAGUACAGAUUUUUAGAAAUUAUAUAUUGCCUGUCAAGUUGCCCCAUUAGGAUAUCAUAUUUUAAACUGUUGGCGCCAAACUUUUGUGUACCUCACACAGAAUCAAUAAUGAUAGAAUAUAGAUAGAUAAAAUAAGAAAAUGAGACUUCUGUGCAUGAUAAAAUAUAAUUUUACACCAACCGCCAUCUUGUGAAGUAAUUCUUUUGAGUUGAGAAGAAGAAGCAUAGAACAACAUGUAAAUUUUGGCGUUCAAAACAUAAUUGGCGGCAAUAAUCCUUUUCAAUUCAUAAAAUGGAGUUUGUGUGUUUAAGAAAUAUAAGCAUAAAGGACGAACCAGUUGAUUAUACCGACAAUAUUGAAAGCUCAGAAGUGAUGAUUGAGUCUGAAGAACGCACUAUAGUUGAUGUAGAUCCGAUGAAUUUGUUGGAAGCUAUAGCUGAACGUUGUAGUGAAGACGAUCAAGAAGUUGUAAAAGUGACAUCAAAUGGCGAGGAUGUGGGUUUAAGUGAUAAGUGGAAGAAUUGGAUAAGAACAUAUCACUGGUUGUUACGUAGAACUGAGGAUAAGCGCUUAGGUUUCUGCCUCUAUUGUGGAAAGAAUUUGAAUGUGGAGAGUGCUUGUUCUUUACAAAGGCAUGAUGGGGCAAUGAUACAUAAAGAAAGGCAACGUAACUAUGAAGAAUUCUUACAUUCUUGCAAGGAGGCCUUUAAUGAAGACGGAUUAUCUGCCAUAAAAAAUGAAAUAGACGAUUUUAAUGCGCAGCGAAUUUCAACGGAAUUAAUAAGAAAACGUUUGGAAAGAUCCAAAGAUUUAAAUGAUUUUAACUGGACCAAUUGGCUAAAGGCUCACAGUUGGUUAGUACGUCAGAAUCAUGCUGAAGAGUUUGGAACUAAGGGUUACUGCAAAUACUGCAAUUGUGUUUUCGAUGUAGAAUUUUCCCUCAAUAGACAAAGGCACGAAAAUUCUGUUAAACACCAACUUAGCGAGAAAAUGUUUUUUAACAAAACGGUUAAUGGAGAAAAUGGCAUUAAUUUGGGAGAAAUAUGUGAAAAUGGAUUCGAGGGAGCAGAGUAUGUGGAAAUUGAUGAAAAUAACAUACGAAUGGACAAUCGUGCCAAAAAUAAAAUGUUAAAGGGGCGCUUAUUCGACAAAGUUGCAAAUUCUAGUAAACAAAGAUGCUGUCGGAUUUGCAAAGUGGUAAUGGACAAACACAGCUGCAGAAAACAUUUAAAGACAAAAUUGCAUAAGAAAAACAUGCACGCAUUCGCAUAUAGUGCUAGAAAAGAUAAAACUAACAAGGGGAGUGUCAAUGAUAAUAUGCCAAUCGACUGGAGUAAAUAUACGAAAUUUCAUAAAUGGAUUUGUGCUGACCCAGAUGAUCCCAAGUAUGCAUACUGUUCAUACUGCGAGAAAAGAUUUAUGUAUGGCUUGUCAACGGUAAAAAAGAACCUACAUGAAAAAUCACAAUCACAUUGCGAGGCUGUAAAGCGAAAAUUAAUAAACGGCACUCUGAACAGCGAACUGGAAAACCAAGCUGAAACUGGGCAGUUAAAUGAAGUAGAUAGCGUAAAUUUUGACGCCGAUGAAAGUGAUCGUUCAACAGUCGACAAUGUCUUAAAACGCAAACGGGCGGUGUAUACAGAUGAGUGGUUUGAAAUUAAUCCAUGCUAUGAGCGAAACCAAGACGAUGAAGAUUAUAUCUAUUGUAAAUGUUGUAAAGUGCAGCUCCUAAUUAAAAACUUAAAUAUAGGCAAACAUGAAAGAGCUGAACGUCACCGAUUUUCCAAAAAUGCAUAUAUUCAAAACACGAAGCGGGAAAAGCUAGACAGCAGUUUAGAGGAGCAUAGAGAAAGCGUUGUCAACAUACCAUGGAUGCGAAGAACAAAGAACGGCCAAACUUAUUGUAAAUACUGUCGUGUAGUUAUUUCAAAUCAGUAUAAGCCUGCUUUGCAUGAAAAAACAGAACGUCAUAAAUUUGCAACUCAAAAAUUUCUAGCCCGAAGAAAUAUGCUGUUGGCCGAAGGGGAUGUAAUGAAAACCGAAAGGCAUCAAUUUAACGCCACACAGGAUGAAGGUGGUGUUAGUGAGGAAGAGGUUAAACCGGUCAUGUAUGCCGGUGGUAGUCCACAAAAUUGGCAAAAACAAUAUGUGUGGUUAACAUUUAUCGAAACCGAAUCACGGGAACACUACGGUUACUGUAAUUACUGUAAACAAAGCGUAUUUGUGCCCACUAACAAAUUUGCGUCCAAACAUGAAUGCACAGCAAUGCACAUACGUGCGCAUCUAACACGACAAAAUGAAAUAGGAGCAUCACAAAAUUCUAAAACCGAGGACACGCUUAUGCAAAACAACGCCAACGGGAAAUUUAAGUUAUAUAAAUGGCUUUUAGCUGAUCCCGAAGGUAAUAGAAGUUUUGGAUAUUGUAAGUACUGCAAAACUCGCGUUAUGACUGAAGGUUUAUUGGCAUUGGCACAUCACAAUUCGCGUAGUCAUCGAAAAGCGACUAACGGUUAUUUGCAGAAUCCGGAUAAUGAGAUUGCCGAGGAAGACAAUCAAAGCCACGCUUUGGACGAUCGGAUUCAUCCAACUAUGGAAAGUAUUAAUCCAGAUGAAUCUGGUUCCGAAACAUCACUGGCUACGCGACUGACUAAUGCUCACACGGAGAUGCUUAAUUUAAUUCGUGAAAUGAGGGGUAAUAAGACGCGACAGAAUAUGACAAUAUUAUCCGGUCCAUUGUCUGCAGCUGCAUCCCUAUCACCUUCAGAUGCUGAUAUAUGCUAUUCACGUGUCUCCGAGCAGCGCAAUGGCAAGCUGGAGUUCAAUGUAUUAAGUCAGGCUAAGCGUGAACGAAAUACAUACGAUUUAUUCUUUGAGAGUAUGAAUGAAACCGUAAAAAGAUUACCCUCAGAUUUGGCGGCAGAGAGUCGAAUUAAAAUUAUGCAAAUCGUAUAUGAUUUAGAAAUGCGUGCACUACAGCGAAACCCACAAUCAACACAAAGCCCGAAUACGACACCUUUAUCUUCGCGCUCAACGUUGGCCAUGAGGGAGCGUAGUGCUUCGGUUACAAAGCCGAAUUCUGAUUCGAUCAUUCCAGACAACAACGAGCAAAGUACAAAUCAAACAAAUCAGAGUGUUACCAGCGAUGCGCAAUAACUAGAUUGUAUUACUAUUUGCAUUUUUCGCAUCUUUUUAAUUUUUUUUAAACAUUAGUUUUAUAUUUUGAUAAUGAAUUUCACAACUGUUAGGGAUUGUUUUGAUUAUACGUAUAUAAUAAAUAAUUAUUGUUUUUGUUCAUAAAUAUUUGUUCAGAACUAAAUUUUUUGUUUCAAGCGAAAGGAAUAUCCUUGCAUAAGUGUUUUUACUACACAAGUCGUAGAUUUCUACAUUUUAAAAACUAUUUUUAAUUACUUACUAUGAUACUACUAUGAUUUUAAUUAGAUAUCCUCAACAGUUGUGGUAAUUAGUUUUUUCUCAAUGCGAAUUAGAUGAAAGAUUUUAGCACGCAAGUUUAAGAUUCAUUUAUAAAAGUUUUUUUCAUGUAACGAUUUUAUGAAAAGUAAAAUAUAUAACCUUAGCUAAGAGUAUGAAUACCAUAAACGACGGUUGUUCUGAACUAUGUAAACCAUUUGGAAUAGCUUGAAAAUAAGUAAAGUGAGUAUUUACUAUUUCGAAA